CAAUUGUUAGUCUUUCAAAUCAAGAUGGCGCUCAAUCUUACCGUAAAGGUUCAUCCCGUUGUUUUAUUUCAAAUAGUUGAUGCUUACGAGCGCCGAAAUGCUGAUUCACAUCGCGUUAUCGGCACAUUACUUGGUACUUUGGACAAGGGAGUGGUGGAGGUAACAAACUGCUUCUGUGUUCCUCACAAGGAGCAUGCAGACCAAGUGGAGGCAGAACUCAACUAUGCUAUGGAUGUGUAUGAGCUUAACAGAAGAGUCAAUGCCUCAGAAAAUAUUGUUGGCUGGUGGGCGACGGGCAACGAGGUGACGAACCACUCGUCGGUGAUUCACGAGUAUUAUUCGCGCGAGUGCCGCGAGCCGGUGCACGUGACGCUGGACACGUCGCUGGCUGGCGCCCGCAUGGGGCUGCGCGCGUACGUGUGUGUGGCGCUGGGCGUGCCUCGCGGCAAGCAGGGCUGCAUGUUCACGCCCGUGGACGUGGGGCUCACGUACUACGAGCCUGAGGUGGUGGGCCUACAGCUGUGUCGGAAGACGAUGGCGGCGGGCGGCCGCUCGCGGCAGGUGCAGCCCAUGGUGGACCUGGCGCAGGUCGCCGAGGCCGCCUCCAACAUCUCCUCGCUGCUGGAAAAGGUGCUGGAGUACAUCGAGGAGGUGCUGGCGGAGCGCGCGCUGCCCAACGACGCGGUGGGGCGCGAGCUGCUGGAGCUGGUGAGCGCGCUGCCCGACAUGGUGGCCAAGUCCUUCGCCGACGCCUUCAGCGCGGGCGUCAAGGACCUGCUCAUGGUGGUGACGCUGGCGCAGCUCAUCAAGACGCAGCUGCAGCUCAACGAGAAGCUCACGCUGCUCACGUCGCAGUGAGGCCUCCGCCGCUUCCCCGAUACUCCAAUAAACUAUUUGUUACCA